AUGGCAGCAGUUCGAACGAUGAUGUCUGCCGUCCGAGAAGAAGCUGCCGCGUUGACAUCCGAGAUGGCAAUAGUAGCCCGGUCAGGUGGACUGGAAGUGGUCGAGAGGAACGUCAUCAUGGAGAUGAACCCUGUAGCUGUCAGGCAGGCCGCUGAAACCAGUGUCAAAGAAGUCAUAGCAGGAGAACCAUCAUUACUAUCUCAACAUCUCUCUCAUAUCCCUACGCAAUCCACAACCACGACCACGACUUCAACCAUAUCCACUACUCUAAAUUCCAUAUCCGGCGUUACGUCUUCAUCGACACGCACAUUAGUCACACAAACGCUCGAGGCGGAUGCUGGAGUCACCUUGAAGGAGGUCAUGUCCAACGCUUUGCAGACAGGUGUCGAAGAGCAAAUGGACGGAGUGGCUGAAAUUGCAAAAACCCUGGUGGAAGGUAAAGGUCCGGUGGGUGGGAUGUUGAAUGAGGGGAUACAGGCUGGUGCAUCGUAG